AUGCAGAUUGUGAUCACGUAUUUUUUUGUAAUUCUAUAUUGCAUACCUUCACUGAUAUCAAUUAGUAUUAGUCCUUGUGCGAUAUGGAAUACGACUGGUAUAACAAUUGCUGGCACAGGUAUAUCUGGUGCUAGUCCUCAACAACUAUCUUAUCCUCAAGGAAUUUUUAUUCAUGAUAGAAAAAAACGUUUGUAUGUGUCCGAUACAUUUAAUAAUCGUAUUCAACUAUUCCCACUUGAUCAAUCAACUACAACAGGUAUUACUUUACUAUCUCGUCUCUCACAUGGUUAUAAAAUCUAUGUUGAUGAUGAUAAUGAUGAUUUUCCGACUAUAUAUAUUGCAAUGAAUGGUGCUAAUCGUGUAGAAAAAUGGAUUCAAGGUGCUACACAUGGUAUACAAAUUGGUGAUCAAUGUCGUGGUUGUACAGGAGUAUGGUUAGAUAAAGAGAAAAAUAUUUAUAUGUCAGAACAUGAUAGACAUCGUAUUCUUAAAUGGUCACCUAAAACAAAUAUGACUACAAUGGUAGCUGGUGAAACUGACAAGAAAGGACCAAGAUCAGAUCAUUUAAAUGAACCACAAGGUAUUUUUAUAGAUACAACUACAGAAGCAUUGUACAUAGCUGAUUUAAUAAAUCAUCGCAUUCAAAAAUGGCUAAAAGAUGCCAAAGAAGGUGUUACAGUAGCUGGAUCAAGUGAUGGUGAUCCAGGAUCUGAUGCUAAAUCAUUAGAUCGACCAUAUGGUUUACGUGUGGAUGAAGAAACAAAAACUGUUUAUGUUGUUGAUUUAUUAAAUAAUCGAAUUCAGCGAUGGAGAAAUGGUGCAAUCGAAGGUGAAACUAUCGCCGGUGGUAAUGGUCAAGGUAAUGGAAGUAAUCAAUUUUUUCAUCCAACUGAUUUGGCAUUUGACAAUCAAGGUAAUCUAUAUGUAAGUGAAGGUUGGAAUCAUCGUGUUCAAUUUUUUGCUUUAAUUAACAAUCGUCCAUGUUAUGAAUCAUCGACAUCGACAGUAUAUUCUUCAACAUCUACUAUGCUGAUUUUAACUUGGAUUAUAAUGACCUUCAUUUAA